AUGUCUCGUGCAUAUUCUAUCUUGUUUGUUAUUGGAGUUUUGAUUUUAUUUGUCACUCCAUCUCUUGCUCGUAGUUUAAAAGAAGAAGAUGAAAAUGACCGCGUUGGCGAGCGUGAGCACUGCCCCGAUCACUACCACCACUACAAGGGCAAAUGUUACCGCCACGGUCAUGAAUACGAUCCCACUGCUCAUGCUCCCUCUACUAACAGCGACGAUGACGACCACGACGAUAACGACCAUGACGACGACGACGACAAGCACAAGCGCGAGCACUGCCCCGACCACUACCACCACUACAAGGGCAAAUGCUACCGCCACGGCCAUGAAUACGAUCCCUAUGCUCCAUCUCCUAAGAGCAGCGGUGACAAGCGCAAACCCUCUCCUAAAGCUCCAUCUCCUAAGAGCAGCAAGCCCUCCCCUAAAGCUCCAUCUCCUAAAAGCAGCAAGCCCUCUCCUAAAGCUCCAUCCCCAAAGAGCAGCAAGCCCUCUCCUCAAGCUCCAUCUCCUAAGAGGCAAGAUCCCUCUGCUCAAGCUCCAUCUCCUAAGAGGCAAGAUCCCUCUGCUCAAGCUCCAUCUCCAUCUCCUAAGAGCAGCGAGCCCUCUCCUCAAGCUCCAUCUCCUAAGAUCAGCGGUGAGCAGCAAGAGCCCUCUGCUCAAGCUCCAUCACCUAAGAGCAGCGGUGACCACAAACAAUGCCGCCGCCACAAACGUCCUGAAUGCCGCGCUCCAUCUCCCUCACCUAAAGGCAGCAAUGCUCCCUCUCCCUCUCCUCAGGGCAGCAGCAGCAGCAGCCAACAGCAGGCUCCCUCGCCCUCUCCUCAUCACCUAGCUCCCUCUCCAUCUCCUCAAGGCAGCACCCACGCUCCCGCUCCCGCUCCUCAAGGAAGCAGCCACCAAGCUCCCACUCCCGCUCCUCAAGCCAGCACCCACGCUCCUGCCCCCUCUCCUCAGGGUAGCAGCCACCAAGCUCCCUCUCCCUCUCCUCGCGCCCCGGCUCCCGCCCCUCAGGGAAGCAGUCACCAAGCCCCCUCCCCCACUCCUCAGAGCAGCAGCCACCAAGCUCCCUCUCCCGCUCCUCAGGGCAGCAGCCACCAAGCUCCCGCUCCCGCUCCUCACCACCUAGCUCCCUCUCCUGCUCCUCAGGGCAGCGGCCUUCAGGCUCCCACUCCCUCUCCUCAGGGAAGCAGCAGCCAGGCUCCAUCUCCCUCUCCUCGCGCUCCGGCUCCCGCCCCUCAGGGCAGCAGCAGCCAGGCUCCAUCUCCCUCUCCUCGUGCACCAGCUCCCGCUCCUCAGGACAGCAGCAGCCAGGCUCCAUCUCCCUCUCCUCGCGCUCCAGCUCCCGCCCCUCAGGGCAGCAGCAGCCAGGCUCCAUCUCCCUCUCCUCGCGCUCCGGCUCCCGCCCCUCAGGGCAGCAGCAGCCAGGCUCCAUCUCCCUCUCCUCGCGCUCCAGCUCCCGCUCCUCAGGGCAGCAGCAGCCAAGCUCCAUCUCCCUCUCCUCGUGCAACGGCUCCCGCUCCUCAGGGCAGCAGCAGCCAAGCUCCAUCUCCCUCUCCUCGUGCACCAGCUCCCGCUCCUCAGGACAGCAGCAGCCAGGCUCCCUCUCCCUCUCCUCGCGCUCCGGCUCCCACCCCUCAGGGUAGCAGCAACCAAGCUCCAUCUCCCUCUCCUAACCACAACGCCCCCACUCCCUCUCCUCAAGGCACCACCACGCUCCUCCAUUAGAAACAUUUGAAAGUCUGAGGAUAAUUAUAUAACUACUAGUUUUAAUUUCAAAUCCUGAUAAAUUUCUAUUAUACUAUGUAAUACAGUACUAUUACCUUAUGAGUUUCUAAAUCAUCUUUGAUUAUUUAUAUUAAUGAUCGGUUUUCCAGCA